AAUACAUGCUGUUUAGACGCCGAUUGCAUUGUACAAAAUUUUCUUGAUGAAUUUACUGCAAUUAUAAAUAUUCAUAUAUUCAGAAAAACUUUCAAUAUUAAUGUCUAUGUUUUCGCACUUUAUAUUAACGUUCAUUACAAAUUUACUACUGACAUAUUUAGUGUUGUUUCGUUCGCAUUGUUUUAAAUGUUAAUUCACAUAAGUCUAUGUCGCAAACCGAAGUACUCUUAGUAUCGUAACGCGGAUAAUAUUGAUCUAACACUUAAAUUAAAGUCAAAGUUGUUAACUGUUGAGCGACGGUGCGAUCAUACCUACUUUUUGUGCGAAUUUACUUAGUGAUAUUACACGGUAAAUCAUGAGUUCUAAGAAAGAGCAAAAAUCGGACACUACAAAAAAAUCAGAUAAGAUGAUAGAUACGCAUAGAGAAUUUCUAGAUAUGGACACUGACGAAGAAGACUAUGGUCGACAAGAUCGAUCAUACCGGCUUCGGAAACAGCUGAUCGAAAUAUAAUUACUGUAAACUACUCAUCUUGGAGAAUUAAUCACGGUUAAGUACUUUAUUCCAGAAUCACCUGAACUAGAAGAAGAACUUCCUCCAGAACCAGAAAAACCAGUAUUUGCCGAGGAAGAUCUGUCUAAAUUAGUUAGUAAUUUUCACAAUGAAUAACAUUACUUUCAGGGAUCAUAAAAAAAAUAUAAUACUGCCUUGAAAAACAUGGCCGUAAUGGAAAAUGACGCAAUCAGUACAAUUUCCAUAAUCUAGGGUAACUUUUCCCACAAAACAUUUUGAACUCGUUAUCGGUAAUUUAACAAAUUGGAUUAUGAAUUUUAUUCGAAUUAAGAAGAAGGAACAUUUUAAGACAUUUUUGAAGAGAAACAAGUCAAAAGUAACGAUCACUACGGAUAAAAAAGUACCUAGCCUCUAAAACGAUCUUGAGACCUGGUAUAAUCCACAGGUGAAAUAUGUAAAACAUCUAACAAUAUUCUCCGAUGCUAGUAACGGCAAUUGGAAUGAAAAUUGCGACGAGAUCGCCAUGGCAGAUAUACACGGUGGACAAUUUCCUAGAUACUGUCCUAUUCGGAAGUAUUACUGGGAACAUUAGAAAUUCCAUUUUCAAAUUUAUGGAAACCGUUUAUGCGCCGAUUCUACUGCGCAGCAACGAAUAUACGUCAUUCAUAAAAGAUGAAACAUUUUCAAAUCUCCACGAAUUUAUUAUUCGUUUCACCGAGGAGAUCUAUAAACCAAAGGGUUUAACUACCUUGUACGUACCAAAGGAGAAUCUUAAAGCGUUUUCAGAGCCAUCGAACAAAAUUGAUUGCUUCUUAUUAGGAGAGGACCAGAAGGCAAUUCUCCCGGAAGAAGACGAAAGAAAACGGAAGUUAGUCCGUCGAUUGGAAAAGAUAGUUUGGUCUUGGAUCGUUCAAAUCCAUAGAAUCACCGUAACAUCGCCGAAUAGAAAGAAAAUUGAAUGUAUACAAGACGAAGUUAAUUACUGGAAGUUGAAACAUUCAAAUUUGAAUUAUCUGCGUACCCAAUUUCUUAAUCCGGAAGUUCGAUUCAUUUGUGACGUACUCCGAAAUUUCCGUUCUCUGAACGUACAUAAAUUCGAAGAAUUGGCGAAACACAUCGAAGAAGAAAUUCAGCAAGUGGCCUCGAAUUUAAUGUACUUAAACGUCAUGCUCGAUUUUUGUAAAGAUUUGAACAUUCCCGAGGAUGCUGAGAAUUCCGUAACAAAGGCGUUACUUUUGAUAUUAUUCAUUUGGAUGGAAGCUCCGUUUUAUAGCACUGCGAAUAACAUAGAAACGCUUUGCGAAUCGUUUAGUUGGCAAAUAAUACGUCAAUGUAGAAGUUACAUUCAGUUAGACGCUAUUUUCGGAAGUGAUCCGGAGGAAGGGAAAAAAAUGCUGGAGAAAUGUAUAUUCUGUUGCAAUAUUUAUAAAACUGUUUAUCAUAAUUUGACGACGAACGUUGUUUCGCGCAUUAAUCCCGAUAGAAAAUGGGAAAUAAACGAGGACAAUGUUUUCAACAAAAUUGAUACAUUUAAGGGAAGAUGUUACAGUAUGAUCGAGAUCUGCGAAGCGUUAGCGAUAUUUGGAAGGCAUCAUAAGAUAGGAUCGCUGGGAAGCCCAAGAGGGGUGGAAUACGAAGCGUAUUGGCAAGAAAUUGAAAAUUCAUUUUACGAAAACUUGAACGAACUUAGCGUUGCCCGUGAUGUUAUAUUUGACAUGACAAAAUCCAGUUGGUUGAAGAAAGUCGGUCGUUUCAAGUGUAUGAUUCAACAAUUGGAGAACAUGGUGAUAAAUCUGAUCAAUGAUAUAUUUAAGAACGUUGAGAAUAUAGAAGAAGGUAUCGAAGCGAUAUACGCUUUGCAGAAGUUCAAGAAAAGGGAGAUUUUCAGGGAAUUACUGGAGAAAAAGUGGUUACAGGUGUGGCAGAUUUUUCACAAUGAAAUAGAGUAUUGUUAUACUUAUGUGAUUAAUGAAACUCAAGGACAACGAUCGAUGCAAAGGGAUGACACGACGAUAAAUAUAUCGUGUAACUCACGGUAUUUGGAAAGACAAUAUACUAUGAUGAGAAAAGGGGUGGAUUGGAUAGGGGAUUGUGCGAUUGAAAAGUGCACAUUGCAGAAAUAUAAACACGUAUUAGAUGUAAUCGAAGAGAGAGGGAAGAUGUUUAACACUCACAGUACUGUUGGAACACAACAAUGAGAACUGUGCGACGCAAUAACCAAAUUUUCUUGGCCAGAAGUCACCGUAAAAACUGGACUCCCGUGUACGUCUUUAUAAUCAAGUAAUUCGCUAUCGUCGCUGAAGGAGCUGGUGCCUGAAGAAGUAGUUAGUUCCGUUGGCGAUGGCGGUAACAAAAAUACCAAUGAAAUUGCUAUUAUCAUAUGCCACGCACUAUGAACAUACUGAAAUAAUAGGACAAUAUUUUACUUUUCAUUUUCUUCGGUAAUACGUAGUAGGUUAUUGAAUAAUUUCUGUUGUAUUUUGUAUCUUUAUCAUAUAAUAGAAAUUAUGCAAUAAUUAAGUACUAUUCUACGUACUUGAUAAUUAGCCUCUGUUUCAACUAAAGAAAAUAGCAGCAAACCUAUUGUUGCCAAUAGCAAUCCUGCUAAUAACUUUGAAAUUCUGUCAGGCUUUUUCCACUUCUUCAACUUAUAACAACGAUAAACAUAUGAUCCCAUCUAGAAAUAUGUAAAUAAAAACUGAUGAUCUUCUG